CUGAAUUAUAUCGUACGACAGCGAAAAAGGAUAGAGUCACAAGAGUUUCCGAGAAUAUUUCAAAAUAUACCUAGCUACACCCAGUUUGUAGUUUUUUGUAACACGCAGAGAGAAAAAACCUGUUUACAAAUGUUGUGAAAUGGAGUCACUCUUCCGGAAAGUGAGGAAAAGUCCACAGGCUGGCAAACACAGCAAGCUUGGUGAAGGCUGGGAUGUCAACAGAGAAGCUGUCACAGAGGGUGUUGCAUUUUACCUGAAGUAUCUUGGCUCAACACUUUUAGAUGAGUUGCCACACGGGGAAAGUUAUGGAGAGGGGGUCAGUUCUAGGGCUGUUCAAAGAAUUGUUGAUAUGGCUAGAACACAAGGAAGAAAAUUAAACAAAGUAAAUUUGAAAGUGUCUCCCAGUGGGAUCAAGGUGACUGAUAUGGAUAGUAAACAACUCCUUAUGGAUGUCUCCAUUUACAGAAUAUCAUUCUGUACUGCAGACAGGAAUCAUGAUAAACUGUUUGCAUUUAUUGCCAGAAAUAGUAUCAAUGAGACGAUGGAAUGCCACGCCUUUUAUUGUGCAAAAGAGAAAAUUGCCCAGGCUGUAACGAUAUCUGUAUCACAGGCAUUUAACCUGGCUAAAGAUCAGUGGGAAAAAGCAAAGAAUUUGAAAAAUUCCCAGCAAAAUACACAGAAUGUACGUGAUGAGAACCAUGCAAUGGUAGAACAUACUCAAGUACCACCAGUACCUCCUAGGAAGAUCCAGUCAGCGCCACAAAUAAACCUACUCUCAGAGACUCACCCUCGUCUACCUAAACCAGAGAGUGCCAGAACACUAUAUACCAAUGUUCAAUCAUCUAGUCCUAGACAAGGCUGGCAAACAUUUGAUGAGUCAGCAGAAGAUAACCAAGUUAGUUUUAAUCUCUGUGAAGUAGAUAAUGAUAACUUGGAUGACUGUUUUUCUCAAUUAGCAGAAAACAGAAGCAGAAAACAGUCUUUUCCAUCCUUUUCAACAGAUUUACGUCAAGAAGACCUCGAUGAAAAUGUUGCAGAUUACCUUGAUGGCAAAAAAUGUUUUGAAGCUUUUUCUCGGACAAAAUCAUUAGAAGAUCUUAUGAAUAUCUAGCUAGUGCUUUCAGAUAGUAAUUGUUAGAUGUAAAAACAUUUAGUGGUUCUAUAGAUCUGUAAGGUUUGAAGCCUAAUCGAUAAAUGUACUUUUAAGAUCUUUGUUGAAAUUACUGUUUAGCUACAAGGCAUUAUGAAGGAUGGUUGUUAUGCUGUAUGGAGAUCUAAUUUUGUCUACACCAGGGCAGAAUGAUAUACGUUUCUUUUUGUCCCGCCUUUUUCAAAGAAAAAACGUAAGUGGACAUAGAAUGAACUGCUACCAUCCAUUCAUCCAUCUGUCACUGUAUGUCCAUAACACUGCCAGUCACCAAGGGAUUUUGGUGCUGUUCGGCACAAGUGUUUCCUGUUAUGAUACAGUGUGAUGCUCACAUUAUUUUGGCUGUUAGCUUGAAGGACAUGGUCACAUGUAGAGGUUCUAUGUUAACUGGGUCUGUUUCAUGACAGGUAUAUACACAACUCUUGUCAUCCAUCAAGUAAUUUUACUUUGCACGAAUGCGUGACAUAGGAGUUUACCCCAUAGGUCAGGUUACACUUAAUGGGUCCAUAUUGGAUAGGUCUGUAACUUGUACUUCAAGGAAUUUAAGAUUACUUGACAUAAAUGCUAUGAUGCAUUUUGUUAUAUGCAAGACAUGUGUUCAAAGCUCCAAACUUCCAAUAAAAAAUUGAAUAAGAAAAUUUUUGAUUCAAUACAUUUCCAAAAUAGAUGUUCAAAUCUGAAUGUAUAGCCGAGAUUCACUGUCAAGUCCUGUCCAGUCCAUAUUUUUGCCAUAGGGGUUUGUUGUUAGUGUUUUUCCAUAAUAAGUCACAGUGUUGCAGGCAAAUUCAAGGCCCUCGGCUCCCAGGUUUCCAAAUAAGAAGUCCAAAUGUUGUUUGCAAAUACGUCCUUAGGAGGUUGACUUCACUAUGUUACAGUUUCCUGUUUCAUAAUCAAUAUUGAUUGUGAAACAUGUUUUUUUUUUUCAAAACUUGUAUAUUUGUGUCACAAAUAUUUUCUCGUAAGCUGUAAUGUUCUGUUGGGUUCUUAUUUGUGUUUUAUUUAUGUAAUGCAUUUUGAUAAUAAAUACAGAAAAUAAAAACACUUUGGGAAUUUUUAUGUAGAAAAAUUUGAUUUAUUAUUCUUGAUCUUGGGGCUGUACCGGAAAAUAUGAUUUUAAUCAUUGUUAUUCAGAUCCUGUGGAAGGUAUAUGUAUAUAUAAUGAAUAGAAAGGUGUAGUUGUAGCCAGAUAAAUUUAAAUAGUAUAAAGGGUAUUAAUGAUAUACUCAAUGUGAUAUUAUAGAUAAAGAAUUAUUAUAAGGUAUUUUGUUAACGGCAUUCUUGUUUCAUUUUGCAUUUGUUAGUUAUAUCCCCUCCAAACUUAGUUUUGUGAUGUUGGGUACUACUAGUAUAUAGGAAUCACUUUGUUCCGUCCGUCCAUGUCCUGUCUUGUUCAUUCUCUUGAGCCCAUACAUAAGAUCGAACUUUAUUCGCUUGAACUCUAUUCGCUCGAACUCAGAUAAUUAAAAAAACACCCUUCGUUCGAACUCAUUGGCAGGUCCUGGCAAAAUCCCUAUAUAAUGAACAUUGCUCGAUGGUUCGAACUCCUGAGAACUUGAAUAUUUUAAGCUCACCUGUCACAAAGUGACAAGGUGAGCUUUUGUGAUCACGCGGCGUCCGUCGUCUGUGCGUCCGUCCGUCAGUCCGUCCGUAAACUUUUGCUUGUGACCACUCUAGAGGUCACAUUUUUCAUGGGAUCUUUAUGAAAGUUGGCCAGAAUGUUCACCUUAAUGAUAUCUAGGUCAUGUUCGAAACUGGGUCAGGUGUGGUCAAAAACUAGGUCAGUAGGUCUAAAAAUAGAAAAACCUUGUGACCUCUCUAGAGGCCAUAUUUUUCAUAAGAUCUUCAUGAAAAUUGGUCAGAAUGUUCACCUUGAUGAUAUCUAGGUCAAGUUCGAAACUGGGUCAUGUGCCAUCAAAAACUAGGUCAGUAGGUCAAAUAAUAGAAAAACCUUGUGACCUCUCUAGAGGCCAUAUUUUUAAUGGGAUCUGUAUGAAAAUUAGUUUGAUUGUUUAUCUUGAUGAUAUCUAGGUCAAGUUCGAAAGUGGGUCAGCUGCGGUCAAAAACUAGGUCAGUAGGUCUAAAAAUAGAAAAACCUUGUGACCUCUCUAGAGGCCAUACUUUUGAAUGGAUCUUCAUAAAAAUGGGUCUGAGUGUUCACCUUGAUGAUAUCUAGGUCAAGUUUGAAAGUGGGUCAUGUGCCAUCAAUAACUAGGUCAGUAGGUCAAAUAAUAGAAAAACCUUGUGACCUCUCUAGAGACCAUAUUCUCAUGGGAUCUGUAUGAAAGUUGGUCCGAAUAUUCAUCUUGAUGAUAUCUAGGUCAAAUGUGAAACUGGGUCAACUGCGGUCAAAAACUAGGUCAGUAGGUCUAAAAAUAGAAAAACCUUGUGACCUCCCUAAAGGCCAUACUUUUGGAUGGAUCUUCAUGGAAAUUGGUCAGAAUGUUUACUUUGAUGAUAUCUAGGUCAAGUUCGAAACUGGGUCACGUGCCUUCAAUAACUAGGUCAGUAGGUCAAAUGAUAAAAAAACCUUGUGACCUCUCUAGAGGCCAUAUUUUUCAAGGAAUCUGUAUGAAAGUUGGUCUGAAUGUUCAUCUUGAUGAUAUCUAGAUUAAGUUUGAAACUGGGUCAACUCUGGUCAAAAACUAUGUCAGUAGGUCUAAAAAUAGAAAAACCUUGUGACCUCUCUAGAGGCCAUACUUUCGAAUGGAUCUUCAUGAAAAUUGGUCAGAAUGUUCACCUUGAUGAUAUCUAGGUCAAGUUCGAAACUGGGUCACAUGCCAUUAAUAACUAGGUCAGUAGAUCAAAUAAUAGAAAAACUUUGUGACCUCUCUAGAGGCCAUAUUUUUCAUGGGAUCUGUAUGAAAGUUGGUCUGAAUGUUCAUCUUGAUGAUAUAUAGGUCAAGUUUGAAACUAGGUCAACUGUGGUCAAAAACUAGGUCAGUAGGUCUAAAAUUAGAAAAACCUUGUGUCCUCUCUAGAGGCCAAACUUAUCAAUGGAUCUUCAUGACAAUUGGUCAGAAUCUUCAUCUUGAUGAUAUCUAGGCCAAGUUCGAAACUGGGUCACAUGCCAUGAAUAACUAGGUCAGUAGGUCAAAUAAUGAAAAACCUUGUGACCUCUCUAGAGGCCAUAUUUUUCAAUGGAUCUUCAUGAAAAUUGGUCAGAAUUUUUAUCUUGAUGAUAUAUAGGUCAGGUUCAAAACUGGGUCACAUGAGCUCAAAAACUAGGUCACUAUGUCAAAUAAUAGAAAAAACGAUGUCAGGUGAGCGAUUCAGGACCAUCAUGGUCCUCUUGUUUUCUGGUCCCGUGGAUUUCAAGCGAUCGAAGUUGGACUGUGUAUCAGGUUUUAAGGGUCAUAUUAAGAUAAAUUCACAUGCCAGGUCAAAUAACUCGAGACUUGUUUUGACAAAAUUAAUUCUGGCCCCCACUUGCAAAAUUUAAAAAAAUCGACAUGAGAAUAUUAGGUCAUAAUGUAAGUUUACACAUAAGUUCCAUAACUCUGACUUAUUUUGAAAAAGAUAUUUUCCUUUUUUACCGAGAAAAUUGUGAAUAAUUGAUGUUUUCUAUAAACCUUUUUUAAACCAAUGAAGUUACUGCACAGGGACUUUAGACAGGUUGUAAGGAUCAUAAGUCAAGUUUACAUAGCAGACUUGUUUUGACAAAAUUAUUUCCCCUUUUUGCAUUUAAGCAGCUUUGAUAAUAUCAUAGUGGGGGUUAUGGAUUUAGUGAUAGCUUUAGUUAUGUUUUGUCUUGAGAGUUUAAAAUUAUUGGGAACUAUUUUGAUUUCUUGCAAGUACUUUACAUUCAAUGUUUGGUAUACAUUGAACAUUAAAGCCACUGAUCCACAGUUAGGUGAAAAAAACUGAAAAUUUUCUUUAUUUUAUUUAUAUGACGAUGUACUUUGUGCAAGUUUUUAAUGAAAUUUCUGUUCAGUUCUGUUCAUGAAAUUGAAAGUAUACUCAACUUUUGAAAUAAUCAAAACAAACUAAAACUGGUUAAAUCUGUUUCAUGUAGAACUGUUUUGCUCUCAGUGUCAAAAUUGUGUUGAACACUUAAACUGAUUUAAAAACUUUGUUGUUGUACAAACUAAAAUUGCAAAAUGGUCUUAACUAGGGAAUAUGUACAUUUUUGCAUUGAAGUGAAAUGAUGUAAUUGAUAUUCAUUUUGUGAUCAGUAACAACAUCAUGGAGUAAUGUGCCUUUAAAAAGUUCAAUAAGAAUGUAUUAUAGAACAGGACUUACAUGUUUACCUUAAUGCAGGAAUAGUUAUUUAACUUGCUGAAAAUAACACAUUGUAUUGAUAUAAAUCAUAAGAAUCUCUUUAGAACUGUAAAUCUCAGUAUUUCUUAGAACUUGUUUCUUUUAUUUGGUUUUGAUCUCAGUAUGUUUGGAUGGAAAUUACACAUAUGUUUUGGUUUACUUUGAAUCUAAUGUGUGCCCUAGUCAUUAAGAUCAUUUCAUUUCUUAAACCAAAUUUUGCACCCAUGUCACUGAAUACUUUAGCAACCAGACUUACAACUAUAUUUUUAUCUGAAAACGAUCUUCCUAAUUACUUACUGUAGUUCCUCACAUGUAAUUGGCACCAUGUUUAUUGUGCACCCCUAAAUCGAGCCUUAAGUUUUGAAUAAAAAACAGUUUUGGUCGAUCUAAAGGAAAGAAAAUAAAAUGUGUAGGCAUGUAAAAUUUGGUGAUCAAAUUUACCUUCAGAAGUAGAAGUCUUCAUAAACAUAUUAAGUUUGGAAGCUUACAAAACAUUCAGUGCCAUUGCCGAUCAGCAAGUUACAUUACCAAUGAUGACUCUCAAAAGAAUUUCAGUUUAGUGCUAUUUCUACAUAAUGAAAAUAGACAUUUGAGUUUACAGGAGCUUCUAAAAUAAAACCAAUAACACAAGGUUUGACUGUCUUUUGUUGUGAUCUGUUAAAGAUCAAACAGGUGGGAAUGAUCAGCACUUAGUGGGAAGGCCAGUUUUGUUGUUCACAUUUUGAUAAGAAAAUAAUACCCAGUCCUUCAGAGUACAAUAGAUCUACAUAAAAUUGAUUUGGUUUUAGAAUAAAUCGCUAUCGUCAAUUUAGGAACAUAAUGGCAAUCUUAGGUUUUAGCCUAGACAGUUCUAACGCGGAGAGUAGUUUCUCUUUACCUGUAUGGUGAAAAAUCAUUUCCAAGUUGGAAUGUCAUUUAAUCCUGUUGAUAAUAUGCACCCAAAAUGUGGGGGGGGCUGUAAAAUAAACUGCACAUUAUACACUGGUAUCUAUGGAACAUCAGUUUUUUCCCUGUAUUUGGAAAUCUAAGUACUGAUCUGUAUCUCUAUAUUAUAAUGUAAAAAGCUGACCUUUUUUGAGCCAGUUUUUAAAUGGAAAUAAAAAGGGAAAUCAGUGUUUUGUGAUUUUUUUCAUAUGGAAAUAUUUUUAAGAUGUAAAAAAUGGUUGUAAGAAAUUAAAAAUGAAGAAGUUUAGAUUGGUCAUGCAGAAAGAAUGGUGUCAGAUCAUUCUACCAUGUUUUAUUUGACAACUAGUUUUCCAGGCCUACGUAUAACAUAUUAAGCUCUGAAAUGUUAAUUUUAUACUAUACAUGAUAUAUUUGUGUUAUUUCAUGUUUAACUUCGUGUUCCAUGUAACUUACGUAUAAUGCAGGAUGCCGUACAAUGCUGAGAAGUGGUCUACCAUUAUCAGCAAACUAGAACAUCCAUUGCCUACUAAGUCAUAUAUUGUUUGCAUUGUUAAUUAUGCCCCCCUUUGAAAAAGGAGGAGUAUAUUGUUUUGCAAAUGUCGGUCGGUCGGUCUGUCGGUCGGUCGGAAUGUAGACCUAUCCGUUUCCAGAUGAUAACUCAAGAACGCUUGGGCCUAGGAUCAUGAAAGUUGAUAGGGAGGUUGGUCAUCACCAGCAGAUGACCCCUAUUGAUUUUGAGGUCUGUAUGUCAAAGGUCAAGGUCACAGUGACCCUGAAUAUUAAAACGGUUUCCAGAUGAUAACUCAAGAACUCUUGGGCCUAGGAUCAUGAAAGUUGAUAGGGAGGUUGUUAAUGACCAGCAGAUGACCCCUAUUGAUUUUGAGGUCAGUAUAUUAAAGGUCAAGGUCACAGUGACCCUGAACAGUAAAACAGUUUCCGGAUGAUAACUCAAGAACGCUUAGGCCUAGGGUCACGAAAGUUGAUAGGGAGGUUGGUCAUGACCAGCAGGUGACCCCUAUUGAUUUUGAGGUCAGUAUGUCAAAGGUCAAGGUCACAGUGACCAGGAACAGUAAAAUGGUUUCCAGGCAAUAACUCAAGAACGCUUGGGCCUAGUGUCAGGAAAAUUGAUAGUUAGGUUGGCCAUGACCAGCAGAUGACCCCUAUAGAUUUUGAGGUCAUUAGGUCAAAGGUCAAGGUCACAUUGGCCAGGAACAAUUAAAUGUUUUCUGAUCUUCUUGUCCAAAACCAUAGGGCUUAGGGCUUUGAUAUUUGGUAUGUAGCAAAAUCUAGUGGUCCUCUACCAAGACUGUUCAGAUUAUUUCCCUGGGGUCAAAUAUGGCCCCAGGCCCCAGGCCUAGGGUCACAUGGUUUAUAUAGACUUAUAUAGGAAAAAACUUCGAAAAACCUGUUGUCCAAAACCACAUGGCCUAGGGCUUUGAUAUUUUGUCUAUGACAUCAUCUAGUGAUCCUCUACUAAGAUUAUUGAAAUUAUUCCCCUAGGGUCAAAUAUGGCUCCGCCCUGGGGGUCACAUGGUUUACAUAUACUCAUAUAGGGAAAAACUUUGAAAAUCUUCUUGUCCAAACCACAAAGUCUAAGGCUUUGGCAUUUUGUAAUGUACCAUCAUUUAGUGGUUCUCUACCAAGUUUGUUCAAGUUAUCCCUCUCGGGUCAAAUAUGGCCCUGCCUCAGAGGUCAAAUGGUUCAUAUAGACUUAUAUAGGGAAAAUCUUCAUGUCCAUAACUUACAUCAUUCAAAUUUGGACCACAUGUAUAGUUUUGAGUGGCAAGAUGAACCGUGACAUGAGUUGAACUUGAUCUUGACCUAGUGACCUACUUUCACAUUUCUGUACCUACAGCCUCCAAAUCCUAGUGACCUACUUACUUUCACAUUUCUGUACCUACAGCCUUCAAAUUUGGACCACAUGCAUAGGUUUGUGUACUGAAAAAAACUUUGACCUUGUUAUUGACCUAGUGACCUACUUUCACAUUUUUGAAGGUACAGGCUUCAAAUUUGGACCACAUGCAUAGUUUUUGUUCCAAAAAAAAUUUGACCUUGAUUUUGACCUAGUGACCUACUUCUACAUUUCUCAAGCUACAGCCUUCAAAUUUGAACCACAAGCGUAGUAUUGUGUACUGAAAUGAACUUUGAUCUUGAGAUUGACCUAGUGACCUACUUUCAUAUUUCUGAAGGUAUAGGCUUCAAAUUUGGACCACUUGCAUAGUUUUGUGUUCCGAAAUAAAAUUUAACCUUGAUUUUGACCUAGUGACCUACUUUCACAUUUCUCAAGCUACAGCCUUCAAAUUUGAACCACAUGCAUAGUUUUGUGUACCGAAAUGAACUUUGAUCUUGAGAUUGACCUAGUGACCUACUUUCAGAUUUUUGAAGGUACAGGCUUCAAAUUUGGACUGCAUGCAUAUUUUUGUGUUCUGAAUUGAAAUUUUACAUUGAUUUUUAUCUAUUACCUACUUUAACAUUUCUCAAGCUACAGCCUCCAAAUUUGAAGCAUAUGCAUAGUUCUGUCUACCAAAAUUAACUUUACCUUGAAAUUGAUCUAGUGACCUGCUUUCACAUUUCUCAAGCCACAGCUUUCAAAUUUGGACCACAUACACAUUGUUUUGUACCUAAAUGAAAUUUGACCUUGAUUUUGACCUUGAGCUAGUCUUGAAAUUUGGAACAUUCAAAAAUGGCUCAGUGGAUGGCUCCAAGAUCAAUCUGUAAUCUCUUGUUAGGUUAAUAGGUUAAAGGUCAAGGUCAGAUUAAACCAGAAUGGUAGAACUUUUGUUUACAGUGAGCAUACAAUUUCUGUUCCUUGUGCAAUUACUGAUUGCAUCAAGGGGGGCAUUUCGUGUUCGACGAGCUCUUGUUGAUGUUGAAGCUAUUCAGCUCGCGAUUCAGUAUUAACCUUUACCCUGCUAAAUUUCUAUAAUGAACUUUUCCAUCUUUCAGUUUAGACAGUACCAUUAAGUGUUAAAAGGGAUGCUUACCAAAAAAGAUACCGACUGAAUGGCGAACGGUGCAGAUCAUGAUCUACACUGGUCGCAAAGGCAGAAUCAGUCGUGUUCAGCAUGAUAAGGGUUAAAAAUAACUGUUUACGACUUUUACAAGUUAUUAAGCACUAAAAUCCCACUUUUUAAAGCAUUUUAAAAAUUGGCUAGCACAGAUGAAUGUUGAUCACUCUGCUUUUGGACUGUGUUCUUUUAUAGUAUAAAAUUCCUGUAUUUACCGUGUUCCUGUUUUUGUUCCAUGCUAACUAAUCAGGUACAAAUGUAUUAAUUAAUUUCAAAUGUAUUAAUUAUUUUCAUAUAACAUGUGUAUACAAAUGUACAUCUUUCUAAAGGAUUUUCACCAGUAAGCAAAACCGUAGUGUCAAAAUCAGUAGAUAUAUAUUUUUUGAAAGUAUAAAAGUGAAACUGCUGCAGACAUAUGUCAUAAAACCAAACUUGCCAUAUUUUACAGCUGAUAUAUAAAGAAUUUCAGAGAAAACCCUCGCUGUCACUAAAACCUUGAUUUUAUUGACCACAUUUAAACGACUCUCUUUUGUUUCUUAAUGAGGGAUACUUUGGAAAGAACUUUUAACAAAUCACUAUCUGUUUAAAUUACCUCAGUGUUAAGAUAUGAAAAAAAAGAAGAAAAAAUACAUCCCUCCCUCUGUUCAAUUUGACAAGGUUGGACAAAACUAUUUUUUGAUUUUAUGUGCAAACCUAUUCAUAUUUUCAAGCUACUGUGGAUGGGUAAUUAUUACCUUCAAAAUUUUUUUUUUGAUUAAUAUUGAUUUUAGCUUAAUUUUAAAGUUAUUAUUUAAGAAGUCAGAGGUAUGCAAAUUUUGAUUCCAUACCUCAAGUUUUUAUUAGCUCACCUGUCACAUAGUGACAAGGUGAGCUUUUGUGAUCACCCUUCGUCCGUCCGUGCGUCCGUCCGUCAACAAUUCCUUGUCUGCACGAUAGUGGUUUCAUUUAUGAUUUUAUUUUAAACAAACUUGCACACAACUUGUAUCACCAUAAGGUCACGGUUCCUUUCUUGAACUGGCCAGAUUCCGUUAUGGGUUCCAGAGUUAUGGCCCCUUAAAGGGCCAGAAUUAGCUAUUUUGACCUUGUCUGCACAAUAGCAGCUUCCUUUAUGAUUUGAAUUUAAUCAAACUUGCACAAAACUUGUGUCACCAUAAGAUCUCGGUUCCUCUCAUGAUCCUGCCAGAUCCCACAAUGGGUUCAAGAGUUAAGAAAGGGCCAAAAUUAGCUCUUUUGACCUUGUCUGCACAAUAGCAGCUUCAUUUAUGAUUUGAUUUUAACCAGACUUGCACACAACUUGUAUCACCACCAGAUCUGGCUUCCUUUCUUCAACUCUCCAGAUUCCAUCAUGGGUUCCAGAGUUAUGGCCCCUUAAAGGUCCAAAAUUGGCUAUUUUGGCUUUUGCAGCCAUAUAGAGACUUCAUUUAUGGUUUUAUUUGAUACAAACUUCCAAAAUAUCUUCAACAACAAUAAAUCUUGGAUUCCAUGACAAAUCAGAUCCAAUCGUAGGUUCCAGAGUUAUUUUAUAUCUGAUUACCUCCCCUGAUUGUAAUCAAAAUGGAUUUAUAUCAGUGAGUACUUAUAGGACUUAUUUGAAAUUUCAUUAUUGUUAUAAGUCGGACAGAGACAAUCAGGGUAGAUAACUAUGGACUGGUUUUAUGUCAAAUUACCUCCCUUUAUUUCAAAUUAAAAUGGGUAUAUCUCCAUAACUAAUGGAGAUACUGAUCUGAAAUUUCAUUUAUGUCAACAGAUUUAUUUGGCAGAUCCUUCUUUUGUUCACUUACAAUAUUUAUUAUGCCCCCGAAGGGAGGCAUAUAGUUUUUGAACCGUCUGUCGGUCUGUCGGUCUGUCAGUCUGUCCUCAAUUUUCGUGUCCGGUCCAUAUCUUUGUCAUCGAUGGAUGGAUUUUCAAAUAACUUGGCAUGAAUGUGAACCACAGUAAGACGACAUGUCGCGCGCAAGACCCAGGUCCGUAGCUCAAAGGUCAAGGUCACACUUAGACAUUAAAGGAGAGUGCAUUGAUGGGCGUGUCCGGUCCAUAUCUUUGUCAUCGAUGGAUGGAUUUUCAAAUAACUUGGCAUGAAUGUGUACCACAGUAAGACGACAUGUUGCGUGCAAGACCCAGGUCCGUAGCUCAAAGGUCAAGGUCACACUUAGACAUUAAAGGAUAGUGCAUUGAUGGGCGUGUCCGGUCCAUAUCUUUGUCAUCGAUGGAUGGAUUUUCAGAUAACUUGGCAUAAAUGUGUACCACAGUAAGACGACGUGUCGCACGCAAGACCCAGGUCCGUAGCUCAAAGGUCAAGGUCACACUUAGACAUUAAUGGAUAGUGCAUUGAUGGGCGUGUCCGGUCCAUAUCUUUGUCAACCAUGGAUGGAUUUUCAAAUAACUUGGCAUGAAUGUGUACCACAGUAAGACGACGUGUCGCGCGCAAGACCCAGGUCCGUAGCUCAAAGGUCAAAGUCACACUUAGACGUUUAAGGUCAUUUUUCAUUAUAGUGCAUUGAUGGGUGUGUCCGGUCCAUAUCUUUGUCAUUCAUGCAUGGAUUUUAAAAUAACUACGCAUGAAUGUGUGGCACAGUAAGACGACGUGUCGCGCGCAAGACCCAGCUCCGUAGGUCAAAGGUCCUAAACUCUAACAUCGGCCAUAACUACUCAUUCAAAGUGCCAUCGGGGGCAUAUGUCAUCCUAUGGAGACAGCUCUUGUUUUUUUAAUUACUUCCCUUUUAUGUUACUAUAAAUAGCUUUAUUUAAGUAACUUUUUUAUUAUUGGCUGUAGGGAAAAACUGAGACCACUUUUCUGUGGUACAACAUGGAUGGUACCUCCAAUUUUUAGGUGUAUUUUGACAUAUCUAUACCUUGUAAGAAUUUUUUUUUCUUUUUGGUUAAAUUUCUUCUCUUUGUUGUUCCUGUCCUUUGGAUUUUGAUAUUUUACUGAGGACCUUCUUGUCCUCAAGUGCAGUGAUAACAGGUGAGCGAUAUAGGGCCAUUAUGGCCCUCUUGUUUCGAUGUAAAUGAGAUGUGGAACCAAAAUUUGUAGUCCUGUUUGGCGCCAUAUAACCUAUACUGUGUUGGUGCGCCGUAAAAUCCAAACAAAUAAAUAAAUAAGAAGUCAGAGGAGAGUUUUGUCCAUAUUUGUCAGUUUUAGAAGGGGAAUUGUUGUUGGGGAUUUUCUCAUACAUUUUCAAGAUUGUUUUUGAUUUUUUUUUUACAUAAAAUGGGGUAUAUUGGUUAACACCUGUUAUGAUGACCACAUGGCCAGACAAAUUCUAAAAUAGAUUUAGUUUGAAAUACAUCUUUUUUGCUGUUUGCCUGACAAGGUUACAAGCAUGAAGUGGGUGAGCAUUUAGGCUCCAUGAGGAAUAAAUAGAAAUAAGACUUAAGAUUUCAGUUUACUGUUACUGAAAGAUCCUGUAUCAUCUAGUUACCUGAAUCAUUGGGGCACCAGAAUCAGUGUAUUUUGUUAAAUGCAUGCCUGGAGUGGUAUGGACAUCAUCAAUUUUUGCAUUGGUUGUGUACAUUAUUUAACGACAUCACAGCGGUUUGUCUUUGUUAAAUGUGCCUUGAAACAAUGAUAGGUGAUGAUUUAAAAUACCCAGGUAUAAAAGUUCAGUGAAUUUCUUUUUACUUUUUACCUCUAUUACUAAAUCCCAUCCAGUUUCUGCAUUUUGCUGUCAGUUGAUACUUCAUAGGAUGUAGUUUCAGUGUCUACUAAAUAUAAAAGUAUCCAGUGAAAUGACCUGCAUUACUCAGAAUUAACAUACAUCUUAUUUACUUUUAUCUGAUAAAAAAUAGGGUUUUACCACCAUUUUCUUUUUUUCACCUGUGGAUGUAAAUUAUUCUUGUUUUUAGGCUAGAACUGAGAAGAUACAAAUUGAAUAAUUGCAUCUGAUUUUUAUUGCCAAAUUUGCCCAGUUUAACUUGCUGUCCACAUCUUAUAUUGCAGUGUGCAAAUGGUGGCGAGUGCGACUCCCACCAAUACCUGUGGUGUUAUUAAUCUUACUUGACAGGAUUAUUACAUAUACCUGUAAAUAUGUUCAUUUUCAUGACCAGGAAGGAUCAGUUUUAUUAUGCCUUUUAAUUUUACAACAUAGUUCUACAUUUUACUGUCAUCCAAUUUUGUUGGCUAGGAGUACACCGAUUCUUUUGAUGCCAUUUAGAUACUGUUUAUGGGGUCAUGUUGAUAAAAAAAGGCUUUGAUGAAAAUAAAAACAGAUUUUAAUAAAAUUUAGAAUUCAAGUAAAUAGUCUGUCAUAUUAAGUUUAGUUUUUCUUGGGUUAUUUCGCCAGUUAUAGCAGGUACAUAACCUGUUAUUUAAAACAUUACUGUUUUAGCAGGUGUGGAAAUUCUCUAUUGAUUUUGAUUAACAUGUAAGGGCAGGAUAGAGCUGUAAGCUUCUCUGUGGUCUUCUAAUUCUGGUUUGUUACAAAACUUCUGGGGGUGGCAAACCCACGUGACUUUUGGUUACAGUACAAACAGAAAAUGUCCCGAUUCAGGUAACAUUUUGCCUAUAUUUUCCUUAUUACUUGACAGAUUUUCAUAAGAUAAAGCGAGUUGAAGACAGCAAAACAAGUGCUUUCCUCUGCACAAAACGUCUGCCUUCUGUAUUCAGUAAUUUCUUUAAACACUUGGCACAGUUGAUUUUUCGUGGAACAUACUUUCGCAGUUGGGCUGCAGACACUUUGAGCAGAAAACACCACUCAUUUUGCUGUCCUGGACGCUCUUUAUCUUAUUAAAAUCUGUCAAGUAAUAAGGAAAAUAUAGGCAAGAUAUUACCCGAAUUGGGACAUUUUCUCAGUGUGUAUGGUAUCUAAAUGUCACAAGGGUUGGCCAGCCUGUACUUUCUAGCUGUGAAUUCUGGCACAUGUUUUUAAAGUGAUGAGUGUAACAAAUUACCUCCAGUCUCUCUAAUCUUCAUCUUCUGAUUCAAAUGUGUAGCUUUUUAUUUAAGAAUAUUUAGCACAUCUCUCUGCAUUAUUGUAUUCCAUGUAUGCAAUAUGGUGCUUUAAAUUCCCUUGCCUGUUGGAGAGGAGGGUUGUGUUUAAAUAUGCAAUGUUAUUAACAGCUUCCUGUAAGUGUUCUUGUGUGUACUGUUCUCAGUUUAUCGAUAGUGUACACUUUGGCUUGAAUUAUUGCUGUUUUAUAUCACAGUUUAUUGUCAAUUAUGUUGUUUAUUUGAAAUAAAGUACAGUCAUGUCUGCAUGAUUUUCUACUUUCUGCAAUAAAAAAUACAGGUUUA